AUGGUGAAGUACGGAAGUACUGAUCUCUGCACAAAACAGUGCAUUGGCCAAUGGGGUCUCACCAGUUUUUUUUGGUGGGACACCAAGACACUUGAUUUUGAUUUUAGUCAUUUUCGGGGCAUGGGUCGGCGUGAGUGGGUGAUGUGGCAGGUAACAUUGAGUUUCCUUGCCGCUGGAGACCUUAGCCCUACUCACGAUGAGGAAAUAUAUGGCAAGGAGGCCAGUAUCAAAGAAAAGCUCAACGAAGAUGUCACCAAAGAGACAUAUCUAGAUAUUAAGAAGACCCUUUUGAAUUAUACGAUGAAGGAGGAUGAAGUGAGCAAAGUGCCACGUGGAUCUCAAGAAUGUCCAAAUUGCAACAAGACCUUCACUGGACACAUGCAGUCUAUCAAGGCCAUGAAAGCACAUACAAAAACGAGCCAUACAACCGUUAAAAUUUGCAAUAGACCUCUCAGGGAAAGGUCAUCAAUGGAUCAAAUAAGGAGUACAUACAGAAGAGAAGCCAUACACUUGAAGGCACAUGAGAGUAAAUACAAAGUAGAGACAUACAGCUGUGGGAUUUGCAAUAAGGCCUCUCACGGAAAGGGAAGCCGUAUGGGAGUACAUGCAAAUGAGGAGCCCAUACAGGUGGUAGAUUGCAAUAAGGGGUCCAUCAGUCCAAAAGCAAUUCUAGCAAGGCAUGACAGAUAUACAAAUUGA